AACCGUUUCUCUCAUUCUUUGUUUCUUGCCCUCCAAUUGAUGUCGCCUGAAAGAAACCCCCGCUUCUGUUUCUCAGGCGCAGGCUAUUUCAGCUUCUUCCCCUCCUCGAAUUCUUGGUGGAAACCCUAGCAUCUCCGAUCGAAACCCCAGAAUUCCUUGGGAGGGUUAUGAGUCGCUGGAAGCCAUGCCUGCCUCCUCCAAGAUCUUCUACUCCCGCCCCCUCUCCCCUCCUUGGUCCUCUCGCUUCCGCCGCCUCUCCUCCUCCUCCGCCUUCUCCACAGCCUGCCUCAUCUUCGGCAUCGCCGGGUUUCUCUUCGGGUCCAUCUCUGUCUCCGGGCCAAUGAUCGGCCGGCGCAAGUGUGCCGAUUUCGAGCCCAUCUCCGUCUCCGUCGUGUGGGAUCGGGGAGCUGGGAGCAAGCUCGUCGCGGAAGGACGACCCGACCUUAUCGGAGGAGAUGAUGGAGGCGGAUCGGGGAAGAGGCACAAGGUGAUGGGGUUCGUUGGGAUCCAGACGGGGUUCGGGUCCGUAGGGAGGCGGCGAUCUCUCAGGAAGACGUGGUUUCCUUCAGAUCGCCAAAGUCUUCUUCGUCUGGAAGAAUCAACUGGUUUGGCUUUCAGAUUUGUGAUUGGAAAGACCAAUGAUAAAUUGAAAAUGGCAGCCCUUAAAAGGGAAAUUGAAGAAUAUGAUGAUUUUAUUCUUUUAGAUACAGAGGAGAAGUAUAGCAAGCUCCCAUAUAAAACGUUAGCAUUCUUCAAGGCAGCUUAUGCACUGUUUGAUUCUGAUUUCUAUGUUAAAGCUGAUGAUGACAUUUAUUUGAGGCCUGAUCGUCUUUCAUUGCUUCUGGCUAAAGAGCGCCCUCACCCUCAAACUUACCUAGGAUGCAUGAAGAAGGGUCCGGUGUUCACUGACCCAAAUCUCAAAUGGUAUGAGCCGCUGUCUUAUUUGCUUGGGAAGGAGUAUUUUCUCCAUGCAUAUGGUCCUAUAUAUGCACUAUCAGCAGAUGUUGUAGCAAACUUGGUUACACUGAGAAACAAUAGUUUCCGAAUGUUCAGCAAUGAGGAUGUUACAAUAGGAGCCUGGAUGCUUGCAAUGAAUGUGAAUCACGAGAACAAUUAUGAACUUUGUGCACCCGACUGCACGGCGUCAUCAGUUGCUGUUUGGGAUAUUCCAAAAUGUUCAGGGCUCUGCAAUCCCGUAGUGAAAAUGUUGGAGCUCCACAAAAGGGAGAUCUGUUCAGGUGGUCCAACUUCAUCUUCUGAUGGAUGACAAAACUUCGCUUGGAAAACCACAAGAUAAUCACUGCUCCCCUAAUGGGAACAUGCAUCGAUUCUCAGCUGCUUAACCUUGUUGAGCGGUUCUGCUGGAAGGGAGGCUUCUUACAAAAUGAGCAUACGGAGUUUGUACCGAUUAUUCAUCUGUACAAUUUUGUUUGGGAAGCAUAAUUCCAUUACUUUAUAUUAGUCAGACCAUCUUUGUCAA